ACCGUUAACUGAGGUAUAUUAACUCUGCCAUAUACACCCACUCCCCAUACUAAUUCCCAUACUACGCACUAUAGUCGCAAUGUCCUCACCCACUAAUACUGUAUGCUUACUCUCUGUACCUUACUCUUACUCUCUAUCCCUACUGCGCUGUACACAUCCCUCCCUCCACCCUCCUCCCCAACUCCACCACCGUUGAACUGAGGUAUCACCCCGACCCUUACUACAGAACCCUUACUACAGGACCCUUACCAGAACCCUUACCACCUUAACCACUCUUAACCACCUUUUCACCUCACAAAAAACCCCUACGAGAACCCCCGAAACCCCGAAACUCGCAGGAAUUCCCUUCAAGAAACAUAAAACACUACCCUUACGCACACAACUUAUGCACAAACACUGAUACCCUUUACUCUCUCUUACUCACUCGCCCUCCAUCCACCCGCUCCGCCGUCCAUUCCUCCAUCUUCAAUCUCCAUCGCCCCUUGUUCCUUGCUCCUUGCUCCUCUCCGCCGCCGCCGCCCCAUUCUACAAUCUACAAUAUCUCCACUCUCCAAAAAAAAAACGCGACAUCCACUCCUACCUCCCCCCCCCACCUGUCCAAUCAUCCGCCCACCCAACCACCGUCUUCGCCGAAUGCUCGGCCGCACCCCACUUCCGCCCAUCCCUUCUCAAUCCAUCCCAACUCUCCGUUCAACCUUCGUCACUAUCCCCCCAAUUCAUCCCCGAAUGCACCACUAUACUUUGCUAUAGUCCUCCGAAUUCUCCAUACUCAAUACCCUAAAACAUCCCCCCUCGUUCCUCUCAUUCUCAAACGCUCGCUGUCUACCAUCCCCACACACCGAACGAUCUGCCUCUCGGUCGCUCUUGCUCAACACGGACCUGCUCCCCGUACGCCGGCCUAGAGCCAUCUCCCUCUCGCAGAGCCACAGCUAAGAAACAACUAAAAAAUCACCCCCCUCCCCCCCCGGCAGGGUUCCGUCGACUCCGCCGCCGAUCGCUGUCCCUCCUGAACCCCUUCGCUCGUGUGUGGAACGCACCAAAAAAAGCGCCGUGGAGAGCGCCGUGCGUUGGGUGCACAUACCACAGCAGCUCGCUCGCACUCAGAACACACGUCCAUGUCGAAUCAUCCCGCCAUCUUGUCGCCGCUCGCCCUCGCUCGACUCCCCAACUACCAGAACGACCCGGCCGUCGCUCCCUCUUCAUCAUCCAAGGAAAAGAAGGACGAUAGCGAUCACGUCUCGCGCCAAUUGGUCAAUCUCGGUCUGCUCAGUCCUAAACACGUCGUCGCCAGAGAAAGGAUCGUCCGGGGGCCUGGCGCCGCUGAGGCCUACCCAAAGAAGAAUACCUCCGUGACAGCGAGGACAGCGCCCGCUCUGCGCCCCCGCAGGUCGGCGUCGCUCGAUACGAGCCCCUCGGAGAAGAGCGGCAGCAGCAGCAGCAACUCCCGCGCGAACAAUUCGACGACCACCCUGUCCCGAGGCGCCAUGACGGGCAUGCUAGAUACAGACCGGAGCCGCACGCGGCGGGAGCGGACGUUUGUGGGGAGCGAGUGCGCCGUAUGCGAGGAGCCGCUGGAGCACACCCUGCGCGGUGAGCGCAUCCUGCAGUUCUCCUGCGGCCACGUCUCCCACGGCGCCUGCUUCUACGAGUACAUGAAGGAGUUCGACUCGCGGUAUUGCCCGACCUGCAAUGCGCCCCUCGGCCUCGACACGAGCCGUGGCGGAAACGUCUUAGAUAUUGGUAAGGGUUUCGAUCACGGUUUGUUCGCCUUGCCACCUGCUGAUAUUGGUUCGUUGCGUGCAGAAAAGCUAAGUAGUAUGGUGCGCUCAGUCUCUGUCAGCGAACGCGGCUCUGCCACCCCGACCCCGACACCAUGGGACAGCCAGACGGUGCGUCCACCAAGCUACGAAUCCGGCGCCCGGCCGAACCACGACCGCGAGCGCGAUUCCCAGUCACGGAAUGGGCGGGAGAGCGCCUCUGGGCACCGAGACAGCGGACGAGAUCGGGAUGGACGUGACAGGGAACGUGACCGAGACGGCAGGGAACGAGAGCGAUAUCCCUCGUCGAACGGCGCCCACCGCCGAUCAGAUAGCGAGGCGACAGGAUCGAAUGGAUACCCCGAGACGACAUCACAGAGCGUCGCCCCUUCACGGCGCCAUGACUACGACGUCCAGUCCAUGGAUACCGGCGUCACCAGCCCGCGCUCCAGCCGCAACCCUAUCCCCCCUCCCCUCGUCUCAAUCCGCUCCGAGUUCCCCACCCUCAACCGCUCGCGCGCCCAGCAGACCCUCGCCUGCCUCAUCACCAUCGAGGUGCCGGAUAAUAACUGGAGGCCGGAUCCGGAGGAUGUGCGCAUACCGCCGAUGCCCAAGCUGCGCGAGGAGGAGCGCUAUGCAAGGCCGCCAUCGCCUGUGAAGACGGUGCCGCGCUUCUACCCGUACGAGUCGCCGGAGGUGCUGGAGGAGAUGACCGAGAGCCUGCGGAGUCGCGUGGAGAACUGGCACAGUCUAGACUUUUCAAGGUUUGGCAAAUUACGAUUAUACGGGACGAUACGCGUAGGGAAGGAUAAAGUGCAGUGGCAGGAGCUGGAAUGCUAUCUCUUCUCAGAGAUGCUCAUCUGCGUCAAGGAGAAGAAGGCUACACCCCUGCAGCAAUGGAGCGACGAAGGGAAUGGGAGGAAGACGAGCAGGUGCACGCUCAAGGGCUCUAUCCUCAUCCGGAAGCACCUGAACGGCGUCACGCAGACAGCAGCGGGCGACACCCUGGGCAUGACCCAGCGCAUCACAUCAUCAAAUCUCACCCCGGCGUCGAAUCCCAGGCCGCUCGAGGAGAACACCCUCACCCUCAGCCUCUCAGUCGCCGAGCUUCCGCAAUUCCACCUCCAGUUCGACAACCUCACCCAGCUCCGCAUGUGGCAGCAGGCGCUACAGGACCUCCACUCCCCAGAGGCGCCGUCCACAAAUGGCGGUGAUUACGACCACGAUGCUGCAUCUGAGGCAGAGGAGGACGACUGGCGCAGGACGCUUCCGAGCUCAAAGCGCGACUCCUCCCUACACUCGUCUUCGUAUGCGGGCAGAUCUGCUACAACCGCGCCCACUGAGUACACCCACCGCUCCGUGCGCCUUCCCGACCCAGUCCACAUUCCAGUUGACAUCGUGGUCGUGGUCCCCGUCUCGUCCUCCAUGCAGGGCGUCAAGAUCUCUCUUGUGCGCGACGCACUCAACUACAUGGUCCAGAACCUGGGUGAGCGGGACCGCAUGGGUCUCGUGACCUUUGGCUCGGGCGGUGGCGGUGUGCCGUUGGUGGGUAUGACGACGAAGACAUGGAGCGGAUGGUCGAAUGUCCUCUCCCAGAUCAAGCCGGUGGGCCAGAAGCUGCACCGCGCCGAUGUGGUGGAAGGCGCAAACGUCGCAAUGGAUCUUCUAAUGCAACGGAAGAAUAACAACCCCAUCGCCACGAUCCUGCUCAUCAGCGACGCGUCGACGUCGGAUACGGAUAGCGUGGAUUUCGUGGCAUCCCGCGCAGAGGCAGCCAAAAUCGCAAUCCACUCCUUCGGCCUCGGCAUGACACACAAGCCGGAUACCAUGAUCGAGCUGUCUACGCGCACCAAGGCGCAGUACACGUACGUGAAGGAUUGGAUGAUGCUCCGCGAGUGCCUCGCAGGAUGUCUCGGCUCCCUCCAGACCACCUCGCAUCAAAACGUCAAGCUGCGCCUCCGCCUGCCUGAGGGCUCCCCGGCGAAAUUCGUCAAGAUUAGCGGCGCCCUUUCCGUAACCCGCCGCGCAUCGGGCCGUGAUGCAGAGGCCUGCCUUGGUGAUCUCCGCUUCGGCGACAAGCGCGACGUCCUCGUCCAGCUCGUCAUCACCCCUGACGCCGCGUCACCUGACCACUCUCCAUCCGACCCAUGGGAGACGAUAAUGUCGAACCUCGAGGCGCUCUCCGGGCCGCUCGAGGACGCAUCCCCGCGCGCCCUCUCUGUCGAGGAGGUCCCGCUCAUCCAAGCCGACCUCACGUGGGGUGAUCUAUUACGUCCCAACACCACCACACACCUCCCCCGCCCUUCAUUACUGGCAAUCACCAUGCUACCUCCAUCGAAGAAAUCGGCAUCACCACCGACCCCACCCAUCCCGCCUCACCCCUCUGUCGUCCAGCGCCGCAUGGAGCUCCUCACAGCAGACAUGCUCACCCGCGCCCUCUCCCUCGUCGCCCGCGCCCAGCACGAUCGCGCCGCUCACCUCCUCACCGAGACGCGCUCUAUCCUCAAGGGCCUCGCCAAGGGUGGCCUUCCACCCAUUCCGCCGCCACCUCCUACCGGCGCACUGCCCCUCCUCCCAUUACCGGGACAGGGCAGGAGUAGCAGGAUCCAGGAAGGGAAGUCCUCUCCGCCUUCCCUGUCGCCGACUGCAUCCAUCGCGCACCUCCCACCGAUGCAACCACCGCCCUCGGCAGCUCUGCCAACCCCGCGCGAACGCGAUCAAAGCGUCGGUCCUGCGACGGCGGCGGGUAUUGACCCAGCUGUCGUGGCGGCGCUUGAUGCGGAGCUGGAGGGUAGUCUGGAGUGGAUCCAUCACCCUGCUGUGUUUGGACGGGAUAGCCGCAAGGCGGUCCUGCAGGCUGUGGGUGUGAUUGGCAGCCAGCGCGCGUGGACUACGCGGAGCGCGGUGGAGUCUAUGUGGGCGAGAAGGGUGGGGGGUGUGAGGAGGGGGUUGCAGGCUUGUAGGAAUUGGGGGGAUGGAGGGGGGGAGGGGUUGGAGGGGGUUAGGGAGGAGAGUUGAGAGGGCGGUUUUUUUUGGGGUGUGUGCGAGUUGUUUGAUUGUGGGGAGUUGGGAGUCAAGGGAGGAGAUGGAGCAUGGGCAAUGCGGAUGAGGGUCAGAUGAAUUUAUUUGGAUAUGGAUAUGGAGGAUGAAUUGGGAUGCGAUGCGAUGAACGGAUUUUUUUGGAAAAGCCCUGUACGAGACGCGAGACGCGAGUGGAUCUUUGGAGGGAAUGGAAUGGAUCGAUUGGAUUGAAGCGGGGUUGGGAGAGGUAUGGCACGAGGGAAGACGAUUGAAUUCUCAUCACCCCCGUUCCCUCACGCACGCCAGUUGUUUGGUUUUAGUUGGCCGACGGGAGGGAGGCAUACACGGAUAUCCCCCAUCUGGCGAGCGCUUUUUGUUCACUCGGCACGUCGACAUAUCGAGUUCUGUUUCUGCUGCUUUUUUUAUUUCUGAUAUUUUUUGUUGAUCUUGGCGAUCUAAUCUAUAUCUGAGCGAGCGAGCAAGUCGAUCAAAGCAGAGCAGGCAGGAUGGAUGUGCGGGAUAGGGAUAGGGAUGGGGAUAGGAUGGGAUGGGGUGAGAUGAGGUUGGAUGUGGGAUGGGGGGCUUUUUUGGUUGCUUUAGAGAGAGAGAGUGGGAAAGAAAGAAGGAAAGAAGGAAAGGAACACUUACAGUAGUUUAGCUUAUACUAUACCCCCCUUUUUUUGGUUUCUUGAGCGGGAAUUCGUUUUAGCAAAUGCUCAAUUUUUGGUCUUGGGUUUUUUGCUUGCUUGCAUGACUUUUGGUGUUGUUUUUGAUUCUGAUUUUUUGUGGCUAUGUUGUAACGUCUGUUCCUGAGUGGCGAAAAAACCGCCGUGCCGAAAAAAAUGAUAGGUACUUUCACUUUGGGCAUCUCAAAUUCUACGCGUUUAUUAAUAUCUCUUUACAUUUUUCCAUUAAUGGUAUUCUACAGCUACUCCUGAGCCCCCUAGACUGCUCCUUCAAGAAAAUUAUGUUUGCAUUGCCACCCUCACGCCUGAUUUAUAAAGGGUCUGCUUUUAUUACAAAACAGACUUCCUC